AUGCUGAAGCUCAUCGUACGAAGCUGUUCGAUAUUUGCUCUAAGUUCAGGCGCACUACCAUCUGCCAUCGCAAUCGUUCGAGUGUCCGGGCGCGAAAGCCGCCGUUGUCUGGAAGAACUUUCGGGUCGAAAGGAUUUCGAACCGAGACAGUUGUUUUUUGCUAAACUUCGUUAUAAAGGGGAACUAAUCGACCGCGCUAUGGCUGUCUUCCUGCCAGGCCCAAGAACAUCAACUGGGGAAGACGUAGCCGAAUUCUACGUGCACGGUAGUCGAGCGGUUGUUGAUUGUUUAUCGGAUGCAUUAUCGCAGUUCAGCAAUGUGAGACAUGCAAAGGCCGGCGAAUUUACAAAAAGGGCAUUUUACAACGGCAAACUGACGCUGAGCGAAGUACAAUCGCUUUCACAUCUGCUGGCUGCGCAGACACAGCGCCAGCGGCGUCUGGCACUACGCACCAAUACGUUAGGCAAAGUAAUGGAAAAAGUGAGGAAUCAACUUGUCGAAGUUCGCGCAUCAAUUGAAGCAUCCAUCGAUUUCGGGGAUGAUGUUGACUUUGAUUGGGUGGGAAUUCGUUCCGCAAUCAGCGCUGUGAUAGAGAAACUCAAAAACAUCCAGCAACGAGUUCACCGAGGGACAGUGAUCACUGAUGGAGUCCAGAUUGUUAUCCUUGGCGAGACGAAUGUCGGCAAAAGCAGCUUAUUCAAUCGCAUCGGUAUUAGUCGCUUUUUUCAGCCUUUUUCUUCCUGUUCAAUGGAAGUUCCAAAUUUUUAG